UCGGUUGAUUACAAGAUUUUGAGCUCGCUGCCCGUUCUUUAUUCCUCUAUCUAUAUUAUUUGAUUUAAUCCAGAUUACUUGAGUUACAAACCUGGUAAAACGCCUUCAACCGGAAUGUAAUGUAAAACUACUGCGAUGGAAAGCGAACGUGAUAUACACUUUGACGACAUUUUCAAACAUAUCGGACAAUGUAAUCAAUAUUUUUUCUUUUCCUAUAUAAUCGUCAGUUUAUGCGUGAUGUCAAAUGCUUGGAAUUCUCUAGCGGUUGUAUUUCUGUUCCCUGAAACAGAUUUUUGGUGUCAAGUUGACCAGUUAGAUGAACGGUGUUUAGAUCUAAAUUUAACAGAAGUUGAAUGUAUUUUACUGAAAAACGAUUACCGACCAACAGACCAGAGUAGCACUACGUUAAACGAAGGGCAUUGCAAUCAAUAUAAUUUCACCGACUACAAUUUUAGUAUCAAUGCAUCUUUGAGAAAUGUAUCCAUUCAUAGCUGUAACAGUGGGUACGAGUACGAUACUACUCAAUAUAAAACGUCUGUAACACAGGAGUUUGAUUUGGUUUGUGAAGAUGCGUAUUUAGUGCCUCUAGUAAUCUCGUUAGAUUAUAUUGGUGCACUGGUUGGGUCUCUUAUAUUUGGAAAUUUCUCUGACAGUAUGUGGACGACGCCUUUCCUAACUAAAGUCUAUGCUCUAUAUCGCUUGGAUCGUCAGAACAAUACACGUGGUGGUGGAUUGAUGUUCCUGGUUACUGAAAAAUAUCGUUCUAGAAGAUUAUUUGAAUAUGAUAUACCCGGCAAUGAACUAUUAUGGAUUGAACUCAAGGCAUCGAAUACUAAAACAUGUAUAAUUGGAUUGUACUAUCGACCACCUAAUUCCAAGUGCUGUGAACUUGUUGGUCCAUCAAGGCGGUCUUUAGCCGGGACGUUCAUCUCAGUUCAGUGGUCAAUUGGAUACAUGGUAGCCUCAUUGUAUGCAUAUCUUAUACGCAAUUGGCGAUUUCUUAUUCUGGCGAUGGCAAUAACAGAUAUAAUUAUAUGGAUUAUGAUAUUCUUUUUUGUUCCUGAAUCUCCGCGAUGGCUCCAUUCUGUAAACGAAGUGGACAAUGCAGAAAAAAUAUUGAAAAAGGCAUGCAAGUUCAGCGAAGACCCACAAGCAAAUUUUGAUGUCUGCAAACAAUUUUGCAGGCAGAACGGCGAAGAUCCUACGCCAGAGAAUAUUAAGACUCAGCAAUGGUCGUCAACUUUCAAAUUUGUUAACAUAUUACGUCUGAAAAAUAUCCGAAAGCGAUUUCUAAUGAUCGCGUUCAUAUGGUUCGUCAGUACUUUAGUUUACUUCGGGAUAUCACUGAGUGUUGUCAAUCUUGGAGCAAACGAAUAUGCUGCCAACGCUUUAGCUGGUUUCGUCGAGAUUCCAGCUGUGUUUCUUGCCUGGAUUUCGAUUGAACGCUGGGGACGCCGAAUAAUUCUAAGUGCGACAAUGAUACUUGCUGGAGUAGCUUGUGCAACUACCUCGUUUAUAUCAAAUCAUAUGUGGGUUGCAACACUCGGAAUGGUAGGUAAGUUCUGGAUCACUGCAUCAUACACACUUAUCUACAUAGUUGCCGCCGAAAUUUACCCAACACCGAUAAGAAAUACUGCAAUAGGAGUGUCGUCAAUGAUUGGUAGUAUCGGAGCAAUCAUCGCUCCACAGAUCCUUUUCGCUGGUGUCAUUUUUGAACAGCUCCCAUAUCUCAUCUUUGGAGGUCUAGCCAUCGCUGCUGGUCUUGUCAUGUUAUUGCUUCCGGAGACACGUGGAUUAAAUCUCCCUCAAACUUUGAAAGAAGGAGAAAAUCUGGGUAUGAAUAUUUCUCGUCAGACAGACGAAACGUACCAGGAUGAGAUAGAAUAAAUUAUGUAACUUCUCAUUUACAUCUAUUCCAAACAUGGAAUUAAUGUCCUGUUGUAAUGUAUACGAUCGUCGUCCGAUCUAAUAAUAAAUGUCUGUUGUACGUCUGCUAUGGAAACAUUGAUAAUAGUGCAUUUAUCCACACUGUGACAGAUUUGUGUGAAUUGUCCAUAUGAGGGCAUGAUGAUGUCAUGUCAUACCCAUAUUGGGGCAAAUCACAUGUAUUUGCCACAUAGAAUUUGAUUGUGGGAACCAGGGAACAGUAAAGUCAUUGUUCCCUCGUGGGAACAGAGCUUUAUUUGAUGUGAUUUCCAGCUUGAGUGAAUAGUGUUCAGAUUGCCACUCUCACUAGAUUUUCAUAGAUGGUUAAAUAUAUGUGAGCAAAAUGCGCCCGUCAAACGGCAAGACUACUUUUAUAAUAUUCAGUGUCCAACAAUUAAACACGUUCAGUCAUUAAAAGCACUUCAAAACAAGAUUCAGUCCUAAAGACCGAGGUGGCUUGACAGAGAUGACUUGCACCUCUAUUUAAGAAGUCUAAAAUCCAAAUAUGAACUGAAUAACGCAGGGCUGCCGCCAGCGAGGGCCCUUGGCCAAAACUCUUAUGUCGGGGAGAACUGGCCUCUUCUCUCGGGGAGAAAAACGGUAAUUCGUCGUGGGGACAAUGUAUAUGUAUUUUCUACAUAUUAGUAGACUCUAAAAUCGACGAAUAAGCUUUUGGAACCUUUAAGCUCUCUUAUUUUUUCGAGGGCUUCUCCCCCGCGAACACUUUAGAGAGAUUUUGAGUGAGCUCGACCACGCCCACUUUUUCUCGUCAUUAGAACAGUAGAACAGGAACCAUCUCAGAUCCAUGGCAACAGAUAGGACGCCCUCUUCCAAAAUUGAUUACUUGUUCUGGAAAAUCAACACUUCGAUUUGUUACGCGUAAAUCGCGGAGAACGCUAUCUUGUGUUUAUAAGAUCUUUGGUUCAGACACAACGACUUACGCUAGCGUAACGUUAAUCGAGUGGUGCAAUCACUGAC